AUGCGCCGCCAGAUCUAUUAUUCGUCUACCCGCGAGAAUGAACCCGGCCACGAAUCCCACGAUAGCGAUAUCCACUGGAAUUUGUAACAAUGUCGAGUGAUCACAAUACAGAUCCGUGGAGGACCUUGAAUCCAGACACUGUUAAUGAUCCACGGAUGUUUUCUAACCAGAUGGAUUUGCCUUCCACCUUGAAGCUCACAUGUGAGAUCCCUCCGAUCCCUCACCACCGUGCCAAAGAGGACAUCAUAGAUGGUGAUGGAAAAGAAGAUCCAUUGGUUAUCGAGGGUCGGAAUCUUGGUCUGAAUCACAUUAGGACCCGCUCAUCAGCUUUGUCGCCGCGUAGGCUUUCAACUGCCAUUUCAAUGCCGGUUGAUUGUGGAAAUGGAGUCGAUUUGCAGUCUGGGCUGCUAUCUACAACUGAUCAGUCUGUUGAGAAUUUCUCUGAACAUGCUAAAAGGAUACAGUGGAAUCAGGCUAAUUCAUUGAAUGUCCUGUCACGCACUUGUUCGGGUUCGGAGGAUUAUCAUGCAGCUUUUGUUAAGGAAAUGAAAUCUCCACGGUGUCAAGCUAUAUUACGUGUCACAAAUGGUCGGAGGAAAAGAGUUACAGAUAUGAGAAGUCUCUCUCAUGAGCUCAAUUCCAAAGGAGGCCGACCCCUUCCAUUCUGGAGAUCUCGUGCUUUUGGGCGAGUGGAGGAAAUUAUGGCCAUGAUUCACUCAAAGUUUGAUAAAUUAAAGGAAGAGGUAAACAAUGAUCUAAGCAUUUUUACUGGGGAUAUAACGGGUAUUAUUGAGAAGACAUCUGAGUCCAAUCUUGAAUGGAGGAAAAGUUUGGAAGAUUUGUUGGUUAUAGCUAGGGAAUGUGCACAAAUGUCCCCUUCUGACUUCUGGCUGAAGUGUGAAAGUAUUGUUCAGAAUCUAGAUGACCGCAGGCAAGAGUUAUUGAUGGGCACUGUCAAACAAGCCCAAACUCGCCUCUUAUUCAUACUCACGCGGUGCACUAGGCUUGUACAGUUUACAAACGAGAGUUGUUUUGAAGAACACGUAGUGGCAUCUCACAGACUCUGUGACCAUGGGGCCCAUGCAGAACAAAUAGUUAGCCCUUUCAGCCAAUAUAUGAGCAGUCCGUUAAAUGGGAAGGAAAAAAGUUUGAGAAGAAUUAAGAAAGGUCAAGGGCAUGACCAUACCAGUUCCACAGCUAAUCAGUAUCAGAUGAAGGAUUAUGAUGGUGGACGGGUGAUAGAAGAAAGCCAUAUGAAGAGUGUUGCUUCCCCUACAGGAAGCUCAACAACGUCCUCUUGGAAGAGACAUCCAUCUGCAGCUGAAAGAAAAGGUGAGGUCCAUGAAUCUGUUGGCACCUGUACCUCGCCCUCUAUUAAGUUUGAUCACUUGCAACAUAAAGCUGCAGACUGGGAUCAUCAUAAUAUCUCGUAUGAAGAUUCAUUCAUGUGUCGCAUAUGUGAAGUCGAAAUACCUACUAUAUUUGUAGAACAACAUUCCAGAAUUUGCACAGUUGCUGAUAAAUGUGAUUUAAAAGGAUUCACAGUUAAUGAAAGACUCCAAAGACUUGCAGAAGCUCUUGAGAAGAUACUUGAAUCAUGGACAGUGAAAAGUAUUGACAAUGAGAUAGGAAGUCCAGAGUUAGUAAGAUUGUCUGCCUUGGCCAUCUACAAAGAGAUGGAUGAAUUGUCAACAAAGCAGGACGGUCUGUCUUGUCAAUGCUCUGAAGACAUGCUGAAUUGCAUCCAUGAGUGUGAUACCAUUUCUGUUACGAAUCUAAACAGUCUGUCUGAAACGCCUAGGAAGGGUUCUCCAGCAGGCACCCCAACAUCUCGAUCACCACUGCUGACACCACGAACUAGCCAGAUUGCACUGCUUUUGAGCGGACUCAAGAUGAUAUCUGAAUAUGAAAGUUAUCCACAGAUAAAUAAGCUGCUGCAUAUUGCUCGAUCAGUUGUCCUCAUAAACAACAAUGAUUAUAAUUCUCUGGAAAAUUUGCUUGAUCGUCUAGACGACCUGAAGUAUGCGAUUCAAGAUAGAAAAGUUGAUGCUCUUGUUGUGGAGACCGUUGGGAGGCGCAUAGAAAAAUUGUUGCACGAGAAAUAUGUUCUACUUUAUGGACAUAUUGAAGAAGAAAAAGAAGAUUCACCAACUAGUGCAGCUGAUGAGGAAUGUUCUGUUGAUGAGGAUACAUUACGUAGUUUUCGUACGAGUCCUAUCCACCAAUGCUCAAAGGAGCGAACGUCUAUUGAAGAUUUUGAGAUAAUAAAGCCAAUCAGCAGAGGUGCUUUUGGGCGAGUAUUCUUGGCUAAAAAACGAGCCACUGGUGAUUUGUUUGCAAUAAAGGUUUUGAGAAAAGCUGAUAUGAUACGGAAAAAUGCUGUAGAGAAUAUUUUGGCUGAACGCGAUAUCCUAAUUUCAGUUCGCAAUCCAUUUGUGGUCCGGUUUUUCUACUCUUUCACAUGCAGGGAUAAUCUUUAUCUUGUCAUGGAAUACCUAAACGGAGGAGAUAUUUUCUCUUUGCUGAGGAACCUUGGCUGCUUUGAAGAAGAUAUGGCUCGUGUAUAUAUUGCUGAAGUUAUUCUUGCUUUGGAAUAUCUUCAUUCCUUAAAUAUUAUUCAUAGAGACUUGAAGCCAGACAAUUUGUUGAUAGGUCCAGAGGGUCACAUCAAGUUGACAGAUUUUGGACUCUCCCAGGCAGGUCUUAUCAAUAGCACUGAUGACUUGUCACGUCCAUCAAAUUCCACAUUUCUUGAGGAUGACAAACCAAAAGUACAAUCAUCACUUAAAAGAGAUCAGAGGCAAAAGAGUUCUGUUGUUGGAACCCCUGAUUAUUUGGCCCCUGAGAUACUUCUUGGCAUCGAACAUGGUUCAACAGCUGACUGGUGGUCUGUUGGUGUGAUUAUGUUUGAGCUCCUUGUUGGCAUCCCACCUUUUAAUGCAGAACAUCCUCAGCAAAUCUUUAACAACAUCAUGAAUAGAGACAUACCUUGGCCUAAGGUACCAGAAGAAAUGAGCUUUGAAGCACAUGAUUUGAUUAACAAGUUGUUGUACGAAAACCCCAAUCAAAGAUUAGGUUCCACUGGGGCUGGAGAGGUAAAACAACAUCAUUUUUUUAAGAAUAUCAACUGGGACACACUGGCAAGGCGAAAGGCUGCAUUCAUACCAGCUGCUGAACCACACGACACUAGUUAUUUUAUGAGUCGUUACAUUUGGAACCCAGAAGGCGAAGAUUCUAAUGGUGGGUGUAGUGAGUUUGAUGAUACAAGUGAGGCUGGGAGUGUAUCAUGCAGCAGCAGUUCUUAUCAGGAUGAAGAGGGGGAAGAAUUUGGAUAUUUUGCAGAGUUUGGUUCUGUGUCCCCCAACAUGAAAUAUGCCUUCAAUAAUUUUUCAUUUAAGAACUUGUCACAACUGGCUUCCAUCAACUAUGAUUUGGUUGUAAAGGGGUGUAAAGAAUCAACUGAAGUUACCAAGAAGCCAUCCACUGCAUAAUAGUACUGAACUUGAACAAAUGAAGAGAGUCAAGAGACCCCUCUUUUUUGCCUAAUAAGUUUGGAAGAAACAGAGAAUUUCAGGCUAACUGUGGAAAAUGCUUGGAGAACCCACUUGAUGGAGUGUACACCAAGGCAGAAAUAGACAUACACAAACAUU